AGCGACAUUAUUUAUUGUCUUAUUAUUUUCCUAAAAUUUAAUUUUUUAUGGUAAUUCAAAAUUACUUUCCCAAUUCAUGGAAUCUCUUCCAUGAAAACUCAAAAUUACUUUUCCAAUUCAUGGAACUUCUUCCAUGGACAAACCAUCAGAAUCUGGCUCUGUAAUUAAGCAUGGAUGCUUGAACCUUGACUCGUAUCUCUCGUUCAAUGGCCGAGUCGAGAUCGACAUUUCGACACAGUUCGAGUCAGUCAGAGAGAGGCGGCUAAUCGGUUCGGAGGUGUUGGUUUCCGGAAACCUUCUCAUAAUUAAAAACCCCAAGCAACCUUUGAGGGAAAGAGAUAGCCUUUACGAGAAGAUGGGUUAUUUUGAUUCGGCAAGAGUUACGGUGGAGAGCGGCGCCGGACCAUCACCACCACCGCAAUCUCUGGUCGUCAGAAUCACGAGUAACAGAAACUGCGCCGGACCACCACCGCCGCUAACUCUGGUCGCAGGAAGCUGAGAGCAACAAUGGUGAAGUUUUACAUUUUUGCAGUUCUGGUCCUUUACCUUUUGAUUAUUCAUGCUUUUAUCUCCAAAAUUCUUAAAACGUGAAGAAAGCUCCUCUCGAUUUAGUUCAAACAUAAAAACUAGAAACAAGCAAGAAAUAUAUGAAUUGUGUGUCACCAUUACCCAUCCACAACAUUUUUUUAUGAUACUAGUCCACAAAAUUUUGUGUCCACAAAAUUUUGUGUCCACAACAUUUUUUAUGAUUGAGAAUUUUGUGUCCACCAUUACUCAUCUACAACAUUUAAAACUCACUAAUUAGUAAGAUAUUAGUUCACAAAAUUUUGUGUCCACCAUUAGUCAUCCACAACAUUUUUUAAGAUUGAGAAUUCUGUCUGCAAAACAGUUUUUGGUUCAAA